AUGUCUUAUUUAUCUUCAGAAUCCCCUCCUCAUGUAGUCAUACUUCCUUUCAUGGCAAAAGGCAUAAUUCAACAAUUGUUCCAACAGAAUGAUUUUGAACCCGAAUUUGCACACCCUGAGCCUGAAUUCGUAGACUACUGGAAUAGAAAAGCUUCUCCAAGAGAUUGGUGCAUUGGACCACUCUGCCUUGCAUCUGAAAAGAAGGUCAUGUCCAAACAUAACAAUGGACCCAUGUGGUGGAUUCAAUGGCUUGACGAGAUGUCAGAGAUGGAAAAACCUGUCUUGUAUGUUGCAUUUGGGUCCUUAGAAGAAAUCACAAUCGAUCAAUACAGAGAAAUAGCAAUUGGAUUGGAGAACUCUGGAGAACAUUUCUUGUGGGUAUUGCGCUUGCCUUCCUUCGACAAUGAUGAAUUUAUGGUUGAGUUUGAAGAGAGAGUGAAAGAAAGAGGACUAUUAGUAAAGAAUCAAUGGGUUGCUCAAGUUGAAAUACUAAGCCACAAGUGUGUACAUGGGUUUAUGAGUCAUUGUGGUUGGAAUUCAGUAUUAAUUAGAAAGUAUAUGCGAAGCAGUACCAAUUUUGGGGUUUCCAAUAACAGUUGA